GUGGUGUUUACAAAUGUUCAAUGUUGAAAGCUUAUAGGCACACUUAUAGGUAUCUUGGUUGAAAGUGCCGCAGUCCCAAGCCGCAACGCUGCUGAAGGAUUGUGAAAGUUUGCGAGGAUUGGCCUUUUGAUUUUGCAAGAAAUUAGAGAGAGAAACACUUGCCUUCAGAACCUGACUCAAGUGAUAGAUAUUCCAUCAUGGCAGAGGAAGCAAAUGCUGCAGAGACCUCAGGUGAUCUAAAUCAAGAUGAUUUGGUCAUGGCCCAGCAAAGGAAAAUUGAACAGGAGAUAGCCGCCACCACGGCGCUGGUGGGGGCCGUAGAGGACGUCACCUGUCUGCUAGACGAGUACUCGAGCGACCCCGUCUACCAGCAAAAGGUGAAGCACCUGAGCACCAAGUACCAGACGUUGCGCCGCACCAGGCCGGAUGGCAACUGCUUCUUCAGAGCCUUCACGUUCGGCUACUUCGAGAGCCUGAUCGGCGACGAGACCGAGUUUAACAGGUUCUACAAAAUAGCCAAAGAUAGCAAAGAUGAGUUGAUAGCUCUGGGCUUUCCAAAGUUCACCCUAGAGGAUUUCCAUGACAUGUACAUGGAGGUGCUGGACAAGGUGCGUGUGGCGCAGUCGGCUGCCGACAUUGAGGCCGUGCUCAGCGAGCCGGCCUACUCCGACUACGUGGUCGUCUACAUGCGGCUCAUCACCUCCGGCCACAUGCAGAAGAACGCCGACUUUUACGUCCACUUCCUGGACGGCCAUCCGACCGUCAAAGACUUCUGCGCGCUGGAGGUGGAGCCCAUGUACAAAGAGUCGGACCACAUCCACAUCACGUGCCUCACGGCGGCCAUUGGUGUGGGCGUGCGCGUCGAGUACAUGGACCGGGGCGGUACGGAGGUCAACGCACAUGACUUCUGUCCCGAGGGCGUGACGGAGCCGCGCGUCCGACUGCUCUACCGACCGGGCCACUACGAUAUCCUCUACCUGUGAUCGUCCGUCCACCACGCCGCAGCUCUCCGAGAGCGGGCUCGGGGGACGGGCAGCGCCGGCCGCGGCGCCGGCGAGUACUUCAGCCUCCGUGUGUGGCCGCCAGAUGGCAGUGAAGGCACCGGCCGACAGGGACGAAUGACGAUCGGUGUUUGAAAUGCUGCAGGAAGAUAGCGAUGGCUGAUGGCGAAUGUCUCAACGGCUGGGCGUCGGCUGGUGAAAAGACUUCUGAACGCCGCGCGCUGUCUCCACCGAUCAAUAUGCGCCGGAAGACGGCAGUAUUGCUGGUCUGUAGUAGUUCAUUGGGGACUGCUGCUAGCACUCCGGCUCCAAAACCUGGCGUAUUGAUCUGUGUGAGGCUGUUAGGAGCUGAACAACUCGUGUAGGGAUCCUCGAAAUGUUCCACGAAAUGUUCUUCAAUCGCUGUGAGGCAUCAAGGGCUGCCAGGUACUGUGCACACCGGUGAGAUUCAGGAAAGGUGUGAAUGCUUUUCGGUUUCUCCAAGGGCAAGUAGUUCCGGCCUUUUGGAAUGAUCUGGCUCUGGUAUUGGACCUCAUGGACACUCUGCAGUCAAUCACGCUUGCCUGUGCGCGGGAAAUAUAACGAUAUGGGACUGAACAAACUGCCACAUGAGUAAGGGUUCUACUGUAGCGCGUGCUCGUAAGGCGGCCCUCCCCGCUCGUUGAGACCGCCCCACACAGUCCUGUGCCGCUCUGUAUCUAAGGCUGGCCCAACCGGCUUUAGCCCUGCCCGACGCGGGACAUGCGUUCACUUGUUACUACAUACCACCGCUGAGGGGGGAGGGUAGGGGGACCCUCACACUGACUGUGUUCCAACAUCACAUCACUGUAGAUGAUAAUGUUUUGUGCGUGUUGGGUGGUUAUCGAAUUAAAAUGUACUGACCAAAGUACGGUUAAAUAAAUGGUUCGGUUGAAA